AUGGCCGACGAGGUCAACCCCGAUCAGACUCCUCCUGCAGAUCAUGACAUUCCUCUUAUCACAGAAGAAUCUGGGGCGCAGUUAUCCAAAAGCAAAAACAAGAGCAAGGAUAAAGAAAGCGCAGCAAGCAAACGAAGGUGCGUCAGUACAGCCUGCAUCGCCUGUCGAAAGAGAAAGUCAAAGUGCGAUGGAAACCUACCCAAGUGCGCUGCUUGCGCUUCAGUUUAUCUGACCGAGUGCGAAUAUGCGCCCCAUACCGAUCACCGACGGAAAGGCGUGUAUAAGAAGGAAGUAGACAGUUCCAAAGCCAAGAAUACUACCCUCCAGGUUCUUAUCCAAGCCAUCCUCAACGCGGAGGAGGACGAUGUAAUGGAGCUCGUUCGCCAGAUCCGCACAUGCGAUAGCCUCGAAGAGCUCGCCCACCGCAUUGAGACAGAAGAGAGUAUUGCGGCAGAAGAGGUUCCUGACUCCCCCGUCUAUAAAGAUGACCAAACUGUGCCUCAAUUUGAAGCCGAGCUGUCGGGAAGGAUGGGUGACCUGAUGCUUGAUGGCUCCGUGAAAUUUAUCGGUGGCACGUCCAACCUCAUAUGGUUGCCAGAAGACUACGAUCCUCAACGAGCAUCUGGGCAAUCCCCCGGUCAGCAGCUAGACACCAGCAUAGUCCGCCCGCGGGAGGAGGCAAUCUUAUCGUGGACCACGGUCACGGAGGAUAAAGAGCUCAUUCUCCAUUUUAUCAACAUGUAUUUCUGUUGGCACUACGCUUUCUUCACAACACUGGCGAAGCAGCUCUUCUACCGCGAUUUCUUGACUGGCACAUCCUCCCAGUAUUGCUCCCCAUUGCUUGUGAACGUCAUGCUCGCCCUGGGUUGUCACUUUUCAUCCAGACCAGCGGCAAAAGCAGACCCUGACAACUCAGGCACCACAGGCGACCAUUUCUUCGCUGAGGCUAAGAGGCUCCUCUACGAGGAUGAUGAGUUCGCCAAUGCAAAGCUGUGCACCGUCCAGGCUCUGGCGUUGAUGUCGGUGCGGGAGGCUGGAUGUGGCCGUGAGAGUAAAGGCUGGGUAUAUAGUGGCAUGAGUUUUCGAAUGGCAUGCGAUCUUGGAUUGAACGUUGAUGUAUCGCCAAUUAAUGAAUCAUCUCGGCUUGCAGAUGAAGAUAUUGACGCAAGGAGGAUAACAUUUUGGGGAUGUUUCCUUUUUGAUAAGUGUUGGUCGAAUUAUCUUGGACGCCAACCUCAGCUUCAAAUGCCAAAUAUCACGGUGAAGAAGCCUGAUGUAUUCCCACACGAAGAUAGUGAAAUGUGGUCUCCGUACACUGACUCCGGUAUUAUCCAAGCACAUGCACAACCAGCACGCACGCGAGCCGUUGCCCUGCAGCUUUCAAAACUAGCUGAAAUAUCCGGUGAUCUACUAGGUUCCUUCUACAACCCUACUCAAAUCGACAAACCAAUUUCCUCCAAAGCCGAGCUCAAGAAAUUGAGUGACGUGCACACAAGACUAGAAGCUUGGAAGCAGGCACUCCCAUCUGAACUGGAGGCGAGAGAGGGCCAGCUGCCCCAAGUAUUACUGAUGCACAUGUUCUUCCAGUUGUUAUAUAUACACCUCUACCGCCCCUUCCUUAGAUACACACGCAGCACCUCACCAUUGCCCCCUCAUAUCUCACCUCGGAAAUUCUGCACGCAAGCUGCUGGCGCCGUAUCGAAACUCUUCCGACUCUACAAACGCACCCAUGGACUACGCCAAAUCUGUAAUAUCGCCAUUUAUAUCGUACAUUCAGCAUGUACAAUCCACCUAUUGAACCUACCUGAUAAGAAUGCUCGGCGGGACAUUAUCCACGGCGUGAAACACCUCGAGGAGAUGGGCGAGUGCUGGACGGCCGCAAGGCGGACCCUAACGGUACUACAGGUGUGCGCCGAAAAAUGGAAAAUUACAGUUCCUGACGAGGCGGACGUCGUCUUCACGCGUGUGCGCAUGAAGUGGGGACUUGGCGGAGAUGGCAGCACUGGCACCGGUGGAGUCCUUGCCAACUACUCGCCACAGAGCCAGAACCUCGCACAAAUGGCAAAACAGAUCACAUCGCAGCCUUUGCAGCUGACGGACCUCAUGGCACGAAACAUUCAGCAGCAGCAGCAGCAGCAGCAGCAGCAGCAGCAGCAGCAGCAGCAAGCGGCAUUAAUGCGGUCCUCGAUUCCACAAGUCUAUCCUGGCCUAUCUGGAGGUCACAUGGCUCCUAGUCCAGCAGAAACGAUCGAUACACGACGCAGUUCAGGUGGUCUUUCUCUCCCACCGACUAGCGCGGCUGACCUGUCACGCAACCUUCAUAAAAUCCGACCAUCGACACACCUAACACAAGCACAGCAAGAUGCGUGGAACUCGCACCAAGCACGCAUGAAAGGCGCGGUUGCCUCAGCAUCUGCUGCCGCCGCAGCCGGGGCCGGUGGCUCGGCAGGCCGGCCGUUGGAGGCUGCCCGCCUCUUCGGAGGUGUCGACUCACUCAUAGAAGAGACACAGGACUGGUUCUUCAAGGACCAGAACCAGCUUGCCGUAGGCUUCGAGAAUUGGGGUCGUCCCACACAGCAGGACUGGGGGAACCUUGACCUGAGCUUCUUCGAUGAGGAAGGUCCCGCUGCUCAUGCUGUGCAGAGGGGCGGUCAGGGUGGUGUUAUCAACAGCAGUGCUUCCGGUGGAGUUGGUACCGGCAGUGGAGUUGCCACGGAUGACAACUCCCCGGACUAUAUGGGCAAUGGUAUUGGCGCUGGCUACGGCAGCGGGUAUGAAGCAUAUCUGGACACGAAUCCCGUCGAUGUCAAUGGCUAUACUGCACAGUUCAAUGGCGCUGGCAACGGAGCUGGAGGAAUUAAUGGGUACUCGUCUGAGCAGAAUGACGCAAGUGGUGGUGCUAUGGGUGUUGGGAUGGGCACGAUGGGUAAUAGAGGCAGCGGUGGUGGAGCAGUCGGCGGAGGAGCGACGUAUGGCUACAAGCGCCACCAUCUUCAAGGGUCAUCGCGAGACAGGCCGUUUGAUGAUGAUGUGUAUUACUGA